CACGUGUCACGUGAUGCUAGGACAACGCGGAAGUGGAGCUGUGGCUCGUCGGCGGGCGGUGUUUCGGAGCGUCGUUAUCCCACAGCAGUGUGUCACUCCAGCUCUGCCUUCUUCCACUGCCGACUAUUAAUUGGCCAAAAUGAGCACAGAGAAGUACCCUCGCUCUUCCAUCGAAGACGACUUUAACUAUGGCACGAACGUGGCGUCAGCGAGCGUCCACAUCCGGAUGGACUUUCUGCGGAAGGUCUACACCAUCCUCUCUCUGCAGCUCAUCCUCACCACCGCAGUUUCAGUUCUCUUCAUGUUCUGUGAUCCCAUCAAGAGCUUCGUCCAUGCGAGCCCCUCCCUGGUCCUGUUGUCGGCAAUUGGCUCGCUGGGUCUGAUUUUUGCCCUCGCAAUCUACAGACAUCAGCAUCCCGUCAACCUGUACCUGCUGCUGGGCUUCACUCUUUUGGAGGCCGUGUCUGUGGCUACAGCUGUGACCUUCUAUGAGUACUCCAUGGUGCUCCAGGCCUUCGUGCUCACGGCCGCUGUGUUUGUGGGCCUGACCGCCUACACCUUCCAGUCUAAGCGGGACUUCAGCAAACUCGGAGCUGGACUGUUUGCCGGCCUGUGGAUUCUGAUCAUUGCCAGCUUCAUGAGACUGUUCUUCUACAGCGAGACGGCGGAGCUGGUGUUCGCUGGCGCCGGGGCCCUGCUCUUCUGCAGUUUCAUCAUCUACGACACGCACCUGCUGAUGCACCAGCUGUCCCCCGAGGAGCACAUCCUGGCCUCCAUCAACCUCUACCUGGACAUCAUCAACCUCUUCCUGCACAUCCUUCGAGUUUUGAACUCCAUGAAGAAGAACUGAUUCCCUGUGCUGCGAGAGGACAACCCUGGUGCUGCCGCUGGAGUCAGAGCAGCUCUUAUGCAGUGCACAUUCAGUGCAGCAACUACUUCUUGUCUUGGGUUUCUUUUUAGUGGCUUUGUCUGAUUUCUGCAUGGAUGUUUUUAAGUCCUCUGCAGUAUUGGUUUGAUGUAAUAAGUUUAAGACAGUAUUUUUGCCAGCUGUACAUUUGAUGAUGCAGAAUUCACGUAGUGAUUUGGGAUCAUGCUGCUCAUGUGGAUGAGCUUGAAAUGAGGGAGUAUUUCAUGUAUCUUUCUUCUGGUGAUUUAUUGAAAAUUUCAAAGCGUUGGUCAUCAUCUGCAUCACUUGCAAUCCUUGGAGAAUUAGAACUAAAUACAGAAAUUGAAAUCAGCCAGAGGAUUUGGGGAAUAAAGAUGGACAAAGCAUUCUGGGACCAGAUCUUUAAAUGUAAUUAGUUAUGCUUAAUAUUAAAACUGUAAUCUAUAUGUACGAGCGCGUCAAUAUGUGUAGGGUUCGGGCAGCGGGUCUCAUUGUAGGUUGUCAUUUUACUUAACCUCUACAUCAUGAUUUAUAUACAUAAUUAAGUAUGUUGUAAUUUGUACACUUGUAGCAUCUUGAAUCUCUUUAGUAUAAGCUUUGGUUCAACAAAGUAGUAAUGUAAGGUGUUAAAGGGAUCAAUUGAAGGCAACUACAUACCUUACAGUGGGGGUGUAGAGCAUAUAUGAGUUUAAUUUCCUGGUUUCCAAGUAAUUUAUAAGGACCGCUGAGUGCAAUAUCAAGAGUAUGUAAGAUGCAGUUCACUUGCACCGCUUGUGCUGAGGGUCAUGUCACUUCUGUCUGUGUGCUCUGUUGCCAGAAUAAAAGACCCGGUGA